GAGGAGGAGUCUGUGACGUGUUUUGUCGAUACGGUGAAGGCUCCUGUGAUGCAGCUGCUUAACUUCGGUGAAGCUGUCUCUCUCGGCCCGCGGCAGCCCGAGAAACUCCUCAGGAUCCUCGAAAUGUACGAGCUGGCGUCCGAGCUAUUACCAGAGAUUGAUGUACUCUUCUCUGAUAAUCAGCUCGGCUCCUCCUUGAGAGGGGAGUACAGAGAAGUGAUGAGGAGGCUCGGGGAAUGCGCGAGAGCGACGUUUCUCGAGUUCAAAAGCGCUAUUGCCUCUGAUGUUUCCUCUCAUCCUUUCCCUGGAGGAGCGGUCCACCCGCUUACUAACUACGUCAUGAACUACCUCAUGGCGUUGACGGACUUCAGCCAGACUCUUGACUCGCUUCUCAUGGAGCAUGAUGAUGUGGAAUAUCUCUCAAUACCUCCGUCGCCGGAUGUUAUCAAUCCGGCGAUGGUGGUUGAAGAAGAGUCUGCUUACGAGAACUCUUCUUCGCCGGAGAAGUUUUUGGCGAUGACUAAGCAUUUCUACUCUAUUACAUCGGUUCUUGAAGCUAACCUUGAAGAGAAAGCGAAGCUGUACAGAGACGUCUCUCUGAGGCACAUC